AUGCCUCACAGCGCCGACGUUGCCGCGACGCGAAGCGGGUCCGUCUACGCGGUGACGGACGGUCGGCCUCGCACCCGCUCCAACUCGCGCCCAGGCCGGAUGCUCGCGAUGCAUCGCACGACCAAGGUUCGCAAGAAGCGAAGUCUUGCAACCACCAACGUCUCGGGCCAGCGGCCUGCACGCACCCGCCAGUCGGUCAAGCUCGAGUCGGUCAAGACGAAGACGGUCAAGACCGAGUCGCGCACGGCGAAGACAAAGGUGAUCAAGGCGGAGACGGUCGGUGGCGUCCGCGGCACCAGCCUGAAGCUCAAGGUCGCUCGAUCGGCUCGACAGUAG